AUGAACACUUUAAUGAGAAAAGCGUUUGUCACAUUAUACAAAUCUGUGAUAAUUAGAAAACGCACAACUGUGCAAUUAAUAUUUGUUAAUUAUUUUCAUAAUAAUCAAAUUUUGUACAAUAAAAGUGAUUUAAAUAGCAAUCUUAUACCUUAUCGUUUUAAUGUACAAAGAAAAGAGAAAGAAACUUUUCUUGAAAUUAUAAAUAAAUAUAAGGAAAGUGAUACUCGUAGAAUAUCACAAUUAGAAUUUAUUUCUUCUGCUUUAAAGUAUAUGGAAGAAUUCAAUGUAAACAAAGAUAUAGAAGUUUACAAAGCAUUAUUUAGUAUAUUUCCAGAAGGAAAAUAUGUACCACAAAAUAAAUUCCAAGUUAUGUUGUAUCAUUAUUUUAAACAUCAACAAGCAGCAAUAUCAAUACUUAAUCAGAUGGAAAAAAAUUUUGUAAUACCUGAUUACAAAUUGGAGAAAAUGAUUCUAAAUACUUUUGGUACUAUGAGUUAUGUUACAGAAAAAUGUUGGAGCUUGCUUUAUUGGUUACCAAAGUUUUCUGAAUUAAAUCCUUGGCCAGUUCCUAAAUGUAUGCCAAUGGAUCCAAAAGAGUAUGCUCGAAUGGCUUUAAUAAAAUUAUCCAGUGUAGAUGUACAAGCUGAUAUUAAGGUGUAUAGUACAGAGACUAUACCAGAAGCAAUUGAUCAUACAUGGAUUGUAUCUUCUAUAAGUAGAUCACAACAAGAACUUCUUGCAGUACAAACAAUUGAUAAAUCAUUAACUGUAGAAGGUCCUUUUAAUAUUUGGGUUGAUAAAUAUUAUAUAAAUUAUUUUGUAUUAAAAGGAGAUCCAAUAAAAAGAGAAAUCAUUUAUGAAGACUAUCAUGAUGUAUCUGAUUUGAAAAUUCCAUUUUGGGAAAAGCACAAUUUUAAAAUACCUGUUACCCUUCAUGAACAAGAGGAUGGUGUAUAUUAUGCAAUAUGUGCUACAGGUACAUCUUCUAAAGAUUCUCUAUUGUCAUGGAUAAGGUGCUUGCAGAAAACAAAUCCUAUUUUAGAAAAAAUUCCAAUAACAUUUAAAUUGACCUCAGUUUUAAAUGAACAACAAUAUCUUGAAGAAGAUAAUAAAACAUCUGAUAUAAAACAGAUAUCUCAAAAUUUUAAUGUAAAGAAAAAGUAGUUCACCAGUUUAUGUAAAUAAAUUCA